AUGCCAUUCCUAAGACAAACUACCUUCCGCACCACCCACCUCAUCUACCACAAACGGUUCUUUUCCACCUCCCCCGACAAAACUUCCGCCUCGUCUAUCGCAUCCGCAUUCCUUGAACGCUUCCAAUCUCUCGGCCCUCAGACUCGCACCCAAACCCUCGACGCAAACCAACUCCAACUUCUCACACUCACUCUCAACCGCCCUUCCCUCUACCCAAACACCCCAUCCCUCUCAAAUAACACCACCCCGCCCCCAGCCGGAACACCCUUACCCCCGGGUUACCAUUUGGUAUACUUCACGCCUGCAUUCCUGGAAAAUGAACUAGGCGCGGAUGGCACAGAUGUAUCUUAUAACCCCGCAUCGCCUUUUACGCGGCGCAUGUGGGCGGGAGGAGAGGUGCAAUGGCCGCGCGGGACAAAAGGGAAGGUGAAUCCGUUACGGGUUGGACAGGAAGUCACAGAGACGACGAAGGUGUUAAGUGCAGAGCCGAAGAUUGUGAAGAAGACGGGGGAGGAGAUGAUCGUUGUUGGUGUUGAGAAGGAGUUUAGGAAUGAAGAUGGGGUUGCUGUUUUGGAUCGACGAAACUGGGUCUUUCGCAAAGCCCUCCAAAUUCCCUCCACAGCAUCUUCGUCAACAACGCCUACAUCCCAACAAUGGACACCACCGAAACCCGCCUCAUGCACAACAACCACAACCGGCAAUGCGUACACACGAACCCUCCGCCAGACACCAGUAACCCUCUUCCGCUUCUCCGCACUUACAUUCAAUCCGCACAAGAUCCACUACUCGGUUCCCUGGGCGCGAGACAUCGAAGGCCAUAAAGAUAUCGUGGUUCACGGGCCGCUGAAUCUCAUUUCCAUACUGGAUUUGUGGAGGGACACAAGGUCUCAGAAUACCGAGGCGGAUUUGGACGCUAUUGUACCAGAGAGUAUCAAGUAUCGUGCGACGAGUCCGUUGUAUGCGGAGGAUGAGUAUCGGAUUAUGUUGGAGGAGAAUGAUGGGGUUGGGAGUGUGCAGAUAUUGACGCCGGGGGAUGUAGUUGGUAUGAAGGCUGAAAUCAGCUGA